UUCCCCUCUUUUCUGUAUUUCUAUUUUUUGUUUAUUUUUUCGUCUCAAACUUUUCCUUUCGUCUUCUCUCAUCAGUCAUCACAUGAGCUCGACUCUCCCAACGCCUCUCCUCAUCAGCCUCCAAGAUUCGAACUUUAAUGAACUGUAAUCUAACCCUCGUUUUUCCACCCGUCGAUUCCCCUAAACCCCGCCCCUCUCCGCCAAUUCGCAAAGAAACAGACCACUUUUCACCCAAAUCCAGCAAUAUGUGGAGAAUUAUCGCGCAAACAGCAUCAAAUUCCUUGAAGAAUCUGCGCUUUUUUGCAGGUGGCUCGCUCUCGGCUCUCCGGCCUAUCUCCAGCUUCCUGGGUUUCUCCCAAGAUUCGUUCUUGUGCGAGAAAAAUCGGAUCUGGGACCUCAGACCGCCUCUCAGUUCUCGGUUUUGUGAUAUUGGUUCUCACCGCAAUGGAGAACUCUGGCCGUCGGUUGGGUACUCGAACUGCUCAAUUGGGAAGCUUUCUGGUUUCUUGGCAAAUUCCAAGGGUUAUGCUAACGUUGCCGAGGCUGUCGUUUCUACCGACUUGGAUGAAGAAGCCUCCUCAAUCGAAGAGAUCCAAAGCCUGCUGGAAGAGAUGAGCAGAGUUGAGGUAGCUGAAGAUUGGAAAGUAAGCGAUCGUUCUCAAGAGUUUCCUCAGAAGGCGCAGCUAGAAGAGCCGAAGAAAGUGAGUGGAAUGGGUGCCAAAAAGUAUGCAAAGCUCCGGCAGAGGCAAAUAAAGAUAGAGACUGAAGCUUGGGAGCAAGCAGCUAAGGAGUACAAAGAGCUUUUACAGGACAUGUGCGAGCAAAAGCUCGCGCCGAACUUGCCAUACGUGAAAUCUUUGUUUUUGGGUUGGUUCGAGCCAUUUAGGGAUAAAAUUGCUGCCGAGCAGGAAAAAUGCAGGGAUGUGAGGAAUCGUGCGGCGUAUGGGCCGUACAUUGGUCAGCUUCCGGCAGACAUGAUGGCAGUGAUCACUAUGCACAAGCUGAUGAGCCUGCUGAUGACUGGGGGCAGUAAUGGGAGUGUUCUCGUGGUGCAGGCUGCAUGCCAAGUUGGUUCAGCCAUUGAGCAGGAGGUUAAGAUCCACAGGUUUUUGGAAAAAUCAAAGCAAAAGACCAACAUCAAUAAGAAGAGUGGAGUUGCAGAAGUUGAUAAUAUAACUAAAGAGCAAGAGCUUCUGAGGAAAAAGGUUACAAAUUUGAUGAAAAAGCAAAAGCUGCAACAAGUAAGAAAAAUAGUAAAGGGGCAAGAUGAUUCCAAGCCAUGGGGUCAGGAUAGUCGGGCUAAGGUUGGGAGCCGAUUGAUAGAAUUAUUGGUGGAAACAGCUUAUAUACAGCCUCCUGUUAAUCAACUAGCUGAUAGUCCACCUGACAUUCGCCCGGCAUUUAGACACUUACUCAGAAAUGUCCAAAAUGAACAAAAGAAGAUCAGCCGAAGAUAUGGGUUUAUUGAGUGUGAUCCAUUAGUCCGACAGGGGCUAGAUAGAACUGCAAGACACAUGGUGAUCCCAUAUAUGCCAAUGUUAGUUCCCCCUAUAAGUUGGAAAGGAUAUGACAAAGGAGCACAUUUGUUUUUACCAUCAUAUCUCAUGCGUACACAUGGAUCAAGACAGCAACGUGAGGCAGUUAAAAGGGCUCCAAGGAAGCAAUUGCAAUUGGUUUUUGAGGCCCUGGAUACACUUGGCAAUACCAAAUGGAGGGUCAACAAAAGAGUACUUAGUAUUGUAGACAGAAUGUGGUCUAGCGGCGGUCGUCUUGCCAACUUGGUUGAUCGUGAUGAUAUUCCGCUCCCAGAGAAGCCAGAAACUGAAGAUGGUGCUGAAAUAAGGAAGUGGAAAUGGAAACUAAAAUCAGUGAAGAAGGAAAAUAGUGAAAGGCAUUCUCAGCGAUGUGAUGUGGAAAUCAAACUUGCUGUAGCCAGAAAAAUGAAAGAUGAGGAGGGCUUCUACUAUCCACACAACCUAGACUUUAGAGGCCGUGCAUACCCCAUGCACCCAUAUCUAAAUCAUCUUGGUUCGGAUUUAUGCCGAGGAAUCUUAGAGUUUGCAGAGGGGCGUCCGUUGGGAAAAUCAGGCUUGCGCUGGCUGAAGAUACAUUUGGCAAAUUUGUAUGCUGGCGGUGUGGACAAGCUAUCAUAUGAUGGCCGGAUAGCAUUUACUGAGAACCACUUGGAUGACAUAUUUGACUCAGCAGAUAGACCAUUGGAAGGAAGAAGGUGGUGGUUAGGUGCAGAAGAUCCAUUUCAGUGCUUGGCUGUUUGCAUCAAUCUUGCAGAAGCAUUAAGGAGCUCAUCACCAGAGUCUACAAUUUCACACAUCCCUGUGCAUCAGGAUGGUUCAUGUAAUGGUCUUCAGCACUAUGCAGCUCUUGGAAGAGACAAGUUAGGGGCUAUCUCUGUAAACUUGGUUGCUGGAGAGAAGCCUGCUGAUGUUUACUCAGGAAUAGCUGCUAGAGUACGUGAAAUCAUGCAGAAAGAUGCUGAGAAAGAUCCAGCUACGGAGCCAAAUGCAUUGCAUGCUAGACUAUUAAUUGAUCAGGUGGACAGGAAGUUGGUCAAGCAGACUGUAAUGACAUCUGUGUAUGGUGUUACUUAUGUUGGUGCUCGUGAGCAAAUAAAAAGAAGGUUGAAAGAACGGGGUGCUAUUACAGACGAUUUGGAGUUAUUCAGAGCAUCUUGUUAUGCAGCUAAAACUACUUUGACUGCUCUAGGAGAGAUGUUUCAAGCUGCGCGUAGUAUCAUGAGCUGGCUUGGGGACUGUGCAAAGGUGAUUGCUUCAGAAAAUCAUGCUGUGAGAUGGACGACACCACUUGGACUGCCAGUUGUUCAACCAUAUCGCAAAUUAGGGAGGCACAUUAUUAAAACUUCUCUUCAAGUUUUAAGCUUACAACGGGAAACUGACAAGAUCAUGGUAAAGAGGCAAAGGACAGCUUUUCCUCCAAACUUUGUACACUCCCUUGAUGGGUCCCAUAUGAUGAUGAGCGCAGUUGCCUGCAAAAGAGCAGGAUUGAAUUUUGCAGGAGUCCAUGAUUCAUAUUGGACACAUGCUUGUGAUGUUGACGAGAUGAACAGAAUACUCCGAGAAAAGUUUGUGGAACUCUAUGAGAUACCAAUACUAGAAAAUUUGCUAGAGAGCUUUCAGCAAUCUUUCCCUUCACUAAGUUUCCGACCAUUGCCAGAGCGGGGAGAUUUUGAUUUGAAAGAUGUUCUGGAAUCAACAUAUUUUUUCAAUUAACCCAGCACAAAGUCCACCUCCGGAUUUUGUUUCUCAUCAUUCGGCAUUUAUGUAUCAAUAUCAGUAUCAGCAGCAUGGUAGUCAUUCCUUCGACUUGGGCAUGGCAACAUGAAAGGUGGAAUUUCCGUGAGCUCCUUGAAGUGUCAUAUCAGAGUACCAGAUUGCCAAUGUAAAUAUGUCAGGAAAAUGUGUUACAGAACUCGUCGGACCCGACCCCACAGAUCUUCCCUGACAAGCUUUUCGCCAUUAGCUUGAAUUGCUAGUUUUCACAAGCAGAUGGUGGAGGCUGGCUUUAUGCUAUGUAGUUCAGAGCAAAGUUCAGGGGAGGAAAAUAGCGCGUUGUUCAUCCACAGUGGUUGAACAAAGUAUAUGAAGCAUAGUGGCUGAAAUGAUCACAUUUCAUUGCCAGUUUUGUGGAAUGCAAAUCGGAGCAAAAAUUUCAGAAUAGCAGGAUGGUGAAGUAUAAGGUGAAGGCAACAUGCAAGUUUGUGCACAUAGCUUAGCGCACAGUCCCUGAUUUUCACAUAUCUGGUCUAAAUCAAACCUCUUAUCAUAAAAGUUUUGUAAUGAUCACGAAGGAUGAGGUUAGGAUAGAAAUGAUAGAAACUUGAGAACUAACAGGGUUUUCUUGUAGGAUGAGGUUGAUUCAUACCUCCUAUAUUUUGUGUAUUCACAUGAUUGAUUAUUCCCAUCAUUGCAAGAUUGCCAUCCCAAAGAAUGAUUAUAAGAUGGUUCAGUAUCCAAAUGGUGGUGAUUGUAAGA